CCAGUUUUACAAGAAUCGUCAGUGCAAAACGACGUUUUCUUACUAUGAUAUUGAACUAUUAUAAUUCUCCGGUGUUUAGACAGAUAAUAGCUGUUACGGUUUCGGGAUGGUUGUCCGUGGCCGCUGGAUUUGCGUUCGGUUUCAGCGCAGUUCUUCUGCCACAGCUAAAGAAGGAUAAAGAUUUUCCAUAUACCGAUGAUCUUGCUUCUUGGAUUGCUUCGAUUACUCCACUGUCUAUGGUGAUUGGGUGCAUCAGCGCUGGAUCAGUGAUCGAUGGAUUAGGAAGAAAAGCUGGCCUCUUCAUUCUCGCUGCGCUUGCAAUAAUUAGCUGGAUUUUUAUAGCAUUAUCGACUAAUGUGACACUUCUGCUCAUCGGAAGAUUCAUUUCUGGCUUAUUCUCAGGAUCAACUAGACCAGUCUCACUCGUAUAUAUCAGUGAAAUUACUGAUCCAAAAUAUAGGAAUAUUUCUUUGAUAGUUCCGUCUCUAUCACUUAAUGUGGGUGUUAUCUUCAGCCAUGUUAUUGGAGAAUACUUUAACUGGAAAAUUUGCAGUUAUAUAUACGCUGCAGUAAAUGUUUUCUGUUUAAUUUUAUUACUGUUCUUAAAAGAAAGCCCUUUGUGGUUAAUAUCACAAGGAAAAACAGAUGAAGGGGUUCAAGCGUUUAAGUGGUUUCGGGGCCAAGGAAGCGAAUCAGAAAGAGAAUUGGAAUUGGUAUUGCAAAGGCAAACUGAAAAUGGAAGAAAAUAUUUCCUGAAGGAUAUUUUUAGUCGAACAUUUAUCAAACCACUUUUAACAGCAGCGUGUUUAGCUGCAGCCUCACAGUUCAACGGGAUCAAUUCGUUAUCAUUUUACGCGAAAGAAAUUCUCGGUAACACUGUUAAAGGUGCAGUUGAUCCAUUUAUAUUAAUGAUAAUAUAUGAUGUAAUGAGACUUUUUGCUUUUGUUAUAUUAUUUAUUGGCAAUAAGUACAUACAACGAAAAAUAUUUCUUAUUAGCGUAAGUUUUUCUUGCUGCAUUGCAUUAUUUGGUUUAUUUGCACUUUUAACUUUCACCAAUGUGUCCGAAUACGUAUGGUUAUCACUAACGAUUAUGAUUAUAUAUCAUUUGUCCGGUGGAUGUAUUGUAACUUUAGCUUGGUCAUUUGUUCCGGAAUUAUUUUCAGGAAAUUUAAGAGGUUUAGGUUCUGGAAUUUCUGGUUCGGUAUCUUUUAUGUUUUUGUUUAUCUAUGUUAAAAUAUCUCCGGGUUUUAUUGCAAAUUACGGUGAAAAUACGAUGUACGCGAGUUGUGGCGUAUUAACGGUCGUAAUUACAGUUAUAUUAUGUUUUCUCUUGCCUGAAACAAAUGGACGAACGUUGCAAGAUAUAGAGGAUACUUAUAAGAAAAAUACAAUUAAGAAAUCGCAUCUGUAACACAAUUAACUUUUUUUAUUAUUUUAUUAUUAUUCUAAUUAUACUUACUUUUUAAAUGUAAGGUUGUAAGUUGUAUAAAUUAUUUACCUAAGUAAUAUAAUAGCUAAUAGCUAAAUAAGCAUGAUA